CAUUUUAUUUCCACAUUAAUCACAGUUCUACACUACUUCGCUCUCUCUCUCUCUCUCUCUAUUCGGAACAAUGGCUCGAGGCUCAUCUCAGUCCCAAGCGACGUCGUCUUCCACGACCUCACGUCCCGGCGUCAUGGCUCCUCGCGGUUCAGCUGCCGCCACAGCUGGAAUGCGCCGCCGUCGUCUCGGCGGAGGCGGCAACUCCAGCUCCGGAAGCAUGGGCGGCGGCGGAGGCGGCUCUGGUGCCGGAAACAACAUGCUCAGGUUCUACACCGACGACGCUCCUGGCUUGAAGAUCUCCCCCACCGUCGUUCUCGUCAUGAGCCUCUGCUUCAUCGGCUUCGUCACCGCCCUCCACGUCUUCGGCAAGCUCUACCUCCACCGAUCUACCGGCGGAGCUUAGAUUCCGGAUCCUAACACGGAUCGUUCUAGAUCCGGAGCUAUUUGGAGGCGCGGAGCAAUCGGUUCUUCAAAUCUUCAAACUGCACCUUGCUCGUGAGGUUUACAUUGAUAAUUAGUACAAAAUUACAAAUUCUAUUGGAGAGGAUGCAGGACCAUAAGUCUUGGAAAUGCAGCUGAGUUUAGAUGCAGAGUUUUCUAUAUGGGAGAACCAAAAGUAGCUUGGUAGAUUCAGCAAUGAUGGGCAAGCACAGGAAAAAUGGGAUUGAGUCUGUCUAGUGUCUACAGAAUUGGUCAUUGCCUUGAGUAUGAGUUGAGCACCUUGAGCCUUAUGUUUCAUCUUAGAGUUUAGUUUUGAAAAUGAGUGACAUUAGUUCACUGCACACUGGAAAUGCAGUUGGGUUUGGGAUCUCUGGCGUGACUGUUAGUGGGGUAAGUCUGACAGAUUGUAGAGAGUAGAAAGAUUCUUGCUCAGUUUCUUUGCCAUGUAGAAUAUCAUUGUGAAGCAAAGUAUGAGUGAUUGUUAGGAUUUAAUGACUAAGGAUUGCUGGUCAGUGAUGCAUGGAUGAAUAUAUCAGUACUUGUACAACCUCCGAUUCCAAUAUUUAGAAGAUUUGCAACAUGAACUCAUAGAGUUUCAGCUUGUCUAGUUUAGUUGUCAAAAAUGUGUAUAGGUUGCACAUGUGUGUUGUAUUGUGCUCCACAUAUGCCUUUGGGAUCACAGGUUAUUAGAGCUUAGUUGUCUGUCAGUGGGUCAUGGCGAAACAUUUGGAUGUGUUGUUAAGUUGUGCUUAUUA